ACAGCGCCCGAAGCUAGAAUUCCUUGGGUAGUAGGGUUUGCAACUAGCGGAACUUGUUCGAGUUGCCUGAAGGCUCUUCGAGGCUGCACGCGGCUAGUUGCUAAGCAAAAGAAUCUUUGGUCAACUGCCACCUGAGUCAAAGCAACAGGAACCCUGCAUCAUGCCUCAUAUUGACAAUGAUGUGAAACUUGACUUCAAGGAUGUACUGUUGAGGCCCAAACGCAGCACUCUUAAGUCUCGAAGUGAGGUAGAUCUCACAAGAUCAUUUUCAUUCCGGAACUCAAAGCAGAUGUACAGUGGCAUCCCCAUCAUUGCUGCCAAUAUGGAUACCGUGGGUACUUUUGAAAUGGCUAAGGUUCUCUCCAAGUUCUCCCUGUUCACUGCCAUCCAUAAGCACUACAGCGUCCAUCAGUGGCAAGAGUUUGCUAGCCAGAAUCCUGACUGUCUUGAGUAUCUCGCUGCCAGCUCAGGCACAGGCUCUGCUGACUUUGAGCAGCUGGAACAGAUCCUGGACGUUAUUCCCCAAGUGAAAUAUAUAUGCCUGGAUGUGGCUAAUGGCUACUCUGAACAUUUUGUUGAAUUUGUAAAGGAUGUACGGAAGCGAUUCCCCCAACACACCAUCAUGGCAGGAAAUGUGGUAACAGGAGAGAUGGUAGAAGAGCUAAUCCUCUCCGGGGCUGACAUCAUCAAAGUGGGAAUUGGUCCUGGCUCUGUCUGUACAACUCGGAAGAAAACUGGAGUGGGAUAUCCACAGCUCAGUGCAGUGAUGGAGUGUGCAGAUGCUGCUCAUGGCCUCAAAGGCCAUAUCAUUUCAGUAAGACUCAAGACCUGGGGAGGGCGUGCGGCUGCCUAGCAGCCAUUGUUUUCUUCAGGGUGGGGCUCUGGCGAAGUCCUGGUCAGGACAUGAGUUCUAGUCCACCUUGACAUGGGCAGUUGAGAAGUCUUGAGAAAUCUAUGCUGUCUCUCACUGCAUUCCUUACUUUGUAGGAU